ACAGUCGACGUCGAGUGUACAGAUUAGAAGGGCUACUUUUACACGAUGGAUAAACAGCAGAACAACCAGAUCCUACGAGAAGGUUUCCUGGUGAAGCGGGGUCAUGUCGUUCACAACUGGAAGGCUCGCUGGUUUGUUUUGCACCCGGACAGGCUGGUCUACUACAAGUAUGAGGGCAGCAAGAAAGACUCCUGUCAGCGCGGGAAGAUCCCUCUGGCAGAUUGCAUCAUCACCUGUCCCUAUUUGGAAUAUGACACCCGACCGCUGGCGCUGAAGCUGCAGACGCCGCGCUCGGCCGAGCACUUCCUGGAGGCCUGCUCGCGGGAGGAGCGGGACGGAUGGGCCGCGGACAUUACCGCCGCGGUGCGCAGGCUCCAGGCGGGCCCCGGGCAGGCCGCCCCGCCCGAACCCAAGCAGCUCCAGCUCCACAACGUCAGCCUGAAUCAGGUGGUAGACUCCAUGUACAAUGCCCACACUGGGAUCAAGCUGACAGUCCAUAUGGAGCAGGGCAGCUCCUUCUCCAACUGCUUUUCAGGCUCGGCCGUGGCGGACUGGCUGGUGUCCAUGCAGCUGGCCCUGACGCGGGUGGAGGCCGUGACGCUGGCGUCCGCGCUGCUGGAGGAGGGCUUCGUGCGCCCCGUGGGCGUGAAGAGCAUGGACGCCAAGCGCUGGGCGGGCCUCAGCGAGCAGUUCCUGGACGACUCCACGGCCCUCUACGGCUUCUCAGAGAAUUUUAAGAAGAGGGGGAGUGUGAGGGCAGAGAUGACCCUGGCAGCAGUAGAGCUGAGCGGGGAGGUGGUGAAGAGGGGCUACCUGCUCAAACAGGGACACAAGAGAAAGAACUGGAAGGUGCGACUGUUUGUGCUCCGUUCGGAGCCAGAUUACCUGCACUACUACGACCCGACCAAGGAUGACAUCAAUCCCGUGGGCGGGUUUUCUCUGCGUGGUUGCCUGGUGUCUUCGCUGAACGACAACGGCGUUCCCUCAGGAGUGAAGGGCAAAGUGCAGGGGAACCUGUUCAAGAUCAUCACCGUGGAGGAGACUCACUACUUCAUCCAGGCUCCCAGUCAGAAGGAGAAGAUGGACUGGAUCCAGGCCAUCAAGCAGCACGUCUGAGACGAGGCCGAGGCGCGACACAGGCCAGAAGGUCCAGAGGGUGUGUGGAAGUUUGGGAGGGAGGUCCUAAUUGUGGAUGGACCCAAAUGACAGAAAGGAGGAUUGUCCUGGCAACAGAUAAAUUCAGUGACAUGACGGCACUUCAUAUUUUAGCCGAGAACAAAUCCCAAGUCCCUCCACUAAAAUGUAUCAUCCAGGCUCUAGUGCUCCUCAUCCAAGGCUAGUGAGCAGUUGUCUUUCACUUAAUGGAGCAGGGAUCAGCAACUCACCCAAGGGCCGAGAACUGCUGGUUUUCCACCCUCCCUUUACCUGGGAGUCAGUUAUGAAGACAGGCUGACCAAUCAGUAGUGCUAGUUACCCGGGAGAAAAUAAAACCAGUGGAUUUGGAUUCAAAGGCCAGAGUUGAUGAUCUCUGUACUGGAUCAUUUGUCUACCUUUGGUGUAAACUGCAUGGUAUUUUAAACUUCCUGUCACACAAAUUAUGCUGAGAUCUGUAGAUCCUGAGUAAUCAUUAAGACUGAAGUGUACAUUCUGUGAAUGUAACUGAUCAUAACUGUUGUGAAUGGUCCUCUGAAAUAUUUAAGGUGAGGUAUGUCUCCGGUUCCUUGCUCAAAAAAAGUCCUAGUGUGUGUGCGAAACGUGCUUAUAAACCUUUGUACAAAUUUCCUCUUCAAGUGCAGUUAAUUUCAGUUGAAUAUUUUGAAGAUACAGAAGGGAAACUGUUCAAGUGCAGACAGGUAUUGCUGUAGCACGCAGCGGUGAAGCCAGAAAAGACGAGUCUUUGCGUGCCCCUCUGUGGUUAAGGACGAAUUACAGGAGAUCAGCAUGAAUGCCAGUCAGGUGAUCCACCUCACCCUGAUCUUCCUCCCAGUGCUCAGGCCAGUGGCAAGAGGUUGUUGAUUAGGACAGUGGUUCUCAACUUCGGGCCUGGGGACCCCCCCUGUGUAUGCUGGUUUUUGUUCCAACCAGAGUUGCAAGCCCAGACUUUUUAAGAAGCUGUUCAUUAUUUAGGAUUAUUUACCCUCUGAAGCCAUGUUAUGUCAUAGACAGGUAUGGGAGGAAGAACCAAAAGCUGUUGAAUGAAUUCUGUGAUGGCAGCCUUUAGUGUAGCGGUUAAGGUACAUGACUGGGACCCGCAAGAUCGGUGGUUCGAAUCCCGGUGUAGCCACAAUAAGAUCCGCACCGCCAUUGGGCCCUUGAGCAAGGCCCUUAACCCUGCAUUGCUCCAGGGGAGGAUUGUCUCCUGCUUAGUCUAAUCAACUGUACGUCGCUCUGGAUGAGAGGGCCUGCCAAUUGCCAUUAAUGUAAUGUAAUGGAAGAUGUGGUUGGAGCAAAAACCAGCAUACACAGGGCGUCCUCAGGACAGUUUGGAAACUGCUGGAUUAGGAAACCCUGGUUUUAGUCCAUAAACACUUUGCUCUCACAAUAUCCCAAGUCAAACAGUGUAAAAUUUUGAAAAAAGAUUGUACAUUUGUACAGUUCACUAAUAUCACUUUCCAUUGUUACUUACAACACAACUUUUGUUAUUGUAUUUCUUCUUUUUUUUUAAGGCACUUUUUUAUAUAUAAUGUUCUGAAACAUUCACUUGUUCUGUAUUGAUAUUUUCUCAAUUGCGCUUUAAAUAAACGUGUUUGUAGAAGACUUUGACAUCA